AUGACCAACCUCACCUCUCUCACAGCCAUGGCAGCAGAUGUUGUAUCUCACAGCCUGAACCUCCUGGAGACUCUCAAAGAGUCCAUUGAGAACAACAAGCUGUCAGAUGUCAAGGAUGCUGUGGAGGACCUCCUGAUCAGCCGGAUCAACCUGGCCGUGGCAGGAGAGCGGUGUCCUGAGAAGUCUGCAUUCAUCAACGCCCUCCGCGGCCUGGGGCCUGAGGAUGAAGGAGCUGCCCUGUCCCCCUGCCCCACUCCUCCAGAGGAGAUGGCCAUCUAUCCCAAUCCCAAGCACCCUGACUUCAGGCUCUGGGACUUGCCACCCACCCCCGCAGCCUUGCCUUUUGAGGAUGAUGAGGAUACAUUGCUUUACUCCAACGUCAAGGCUAUUAUGGGUGGAGAGUGA